AUGGUUAAUGUUAACAGAGAAAACCGACUCUUUCCUCUACUUUUCUUCUUCCUUUUUCUAUUUUAAAUUAAUUAUUUUUUUUCUUGAUUUUGUAUUUGCUGUAGAGAAUGGAUUUUAGUGAUUUUGUUUUACAUUUGUGGGUUAUUUUUUUAUUUGGAAUUGGAUGCGGGUAGAUGGGUUAGGGUUACUGGAUGAUUAUUAGUCAUUUGGAGUUGGAUUUUGGUGGAUGGGUUUUACUGUUAUUUACAGUUUGGUGUUAGAUGGUGGUCUUUAACGGUGGUGGGGAAUGGGGAUUUAAUGUCUUGAAAAUGAACUCUUUUAAAUAUUCGAUGUGAUAUGUCUCCUUUGGUUAAUUUGCGAUUGCAUAAUAUAAAUUUUUAUUCUUUAUUUAUUUCUUGAGCUAAUUGUCAUUUGUCUUCCAUGUUCUUGUUCAUUGAAGGAAUCGAUUUUUGUCUCCAUAUAUAGACCAUGGAGGAUUAUAUUCAGGGUUUUAGAUUAAUAAUUUUGAUAAAACAAAAUUAUUAACAAUAUUGUAAUUUGAGUUCUUAUCCCAAUUAGUGGUGUGGGGGCACUGGGGCUGCAUCGGGUUCGGUGGAGGGGAUUGAACCGGUAGACUUGAGGAAGAAGGCUGACGGCAGGCGAUCCAGAGCUAUUUUUGGAUGGAUUACGGUUUAGAGUAAUUUAUUCUAUUUUAAAAGUUCGGUAGCAGCUGAAAAUUCCGAAUGUGCCAAUUGAAUUGCACUGUAUACAGUCAAAGCUUGCGUCUCUAUGGUGAACUUCUGCACUCUAUGAAAGCUUCUGACUUCUGUGUUUAGAUCAAAACCCAGAAGAGAAAAGGGAAAAAAGAAUGAUGGGAAAGAAGAGUGGUUACUUGGUAAUGAGAAGUGAACAAGUUAGGAGAGAUUUGCUCAGCACUGAUGUGCAAGAGCUUCUUGUUGCUGCGAAGAAGCUGGCUAUUCAUGCCAUCAAGCUUGGUGGAUUAAUGGGAUUUGGUACCUCUAUUCUUGAAUGGAUUGCCUCUUUUGCUGCAAUUUAUUUGCUGGUCUUGGACCGAACGCAUUGGAGAACUAAGAUUCUUACAGCAUUACUGAUCCCUUAUAUCUUCUUUAGUCUUCCUUCGCUAAUUUUUGAAAUAUUAAGGGGAGACAUUUCAAAAUGGAUCUCUUUCAUUGUUAUUGUGCUGCGCCUUUUCUUCCCAAGACAUUUUCCAGCUUGGCUGGAGAUGCCGGGGGCUUUGCUUCUUCUGAUAGUGGUAGCUCCCAGUUUAUUUGCAGACACCUUAAGGGACAGCUGGAUUGGCGUCGCAAUAUGUCUUGCCAUCGCUUGUUAUUUGCUGCAAGAACACAUCCGAGCAUCCGGUGGGUUCAAAAAUUCCUUCACAAAAGCCAAUGGCAUAUCAAACUCGGUUGGUAUUGUCAUUCUAUUGAUCUAUCCAGUAUGGGCUCUGAUAACUGAUUUCAUAUAGGCAAUCUCCCAGCUGCCUCUGCAUUGUUUGAAGUCUGCAAAUCUCAUGAAUUGCCAAAGCUUCUUUAUAUUACUUGUAUUUGAGUAUUU